AUGUAUCGAGUGCGCAACCGAUGGUGGCAAUGGGUGGCGGUGUUAUGCGUUUUACUGCCACCGCUACUUCAACAAGUUCCACAGCAAACUCAUACUCAAACCGGCACUAUCAAAAAGAAUAUAGGAAAUCCGGAGGCUGGGACGUUAUUUACUGGGACAGGCACUAAUCUGUAUUAUGGAGUGAAUUUGGUUCCAUUCGGUCCAGAAGUUGGUGAUCAAGAAGUGAUUCCGGGAAUGUUGACCUCAGGUCAAACUAUCGAUCUUCAUAUGUAUUUUCCAUUCUAUGGAGGACUAUACAACUAUACGACGAUAUCGGUAAAUGGUUACAUUGGCUUUGCUACCGUACUAGAUCAGGGACCAACGAUUAACAUUGGUCCCGAGAUGACCGAUUGGCCAAAACAUCAGGAUCCGGCGAUGAUCGCUCCAUACCUAUGUAAACAACAGAUUCCACAAGAGAUGAAUCCCGGUAUGCGAUCUGGUGUGUUUUUUCGUCUAAUGAUGAGACAAUCAUUGUUUGGUAGAGGUACAAAUAGUAACAUGAACCUUGGCGGUUCGUAUCAGAGCAGCUUCUUCGGACAGUCAGCAUCGAUGGCUUGUCAAGGAACUUCAGGAAGUUAUGUUCGAUGCGAUCAGAAUAGCGACUAUUUCCUGGAUGAAAUGAUGCGAUGGUUACAAGAAGGUGUUGCUGGUGCGGCUGCUUUUCGUGCUGAUGCAGCUCUGGUUGUCACCUGGUACAAUACGGCGUCAGCGAUUUCCGGAAGAAGUGACAUGGACGCUGGACAGUUGGCCACUUAUCAACUCGUUUGGCUUACUGAUGAGACUGCGCGACUCAGCUAUGUGAUUCUGAACUACGACAAACUUGGUUUCGAUGCCGCCGACUUCCGUGCGAAUUCGAGAAGUGGACGGUGUCAGGCUGUAUUCAACGGCGGUAACCAUACAGGUAUUGUACCUGUCGAUCCAACCCAACCGUUUAAAAACUCACCAAAGGUGUUGUCACAACGCUCUGGUGUACCGCACAUGGUUCGAGGACGUUACAUGUUUCGAGUAGACGAUGUAGUUCGGCCGGGUGGAUGUAGUAAUAAAACUGGCGGAACAUAUCCGAUGUUGAUUUACCCAAAUAUUGUCAACAUGAUGGGUGAGAUGGCAGUUGAUGUGAAUGCGAUAUGCCUGGAUAGAACACAGACCUACAUGUUGAUGAUCGAACAACGACAGACAGCUACGUGUACAGUACUGAAUCCAGCAAUUGCUCGAUGUCAUUUGCCUAAAAUCUACGACUGGGGGACGAAAACCGUCUACUUUCAACCACAAGGUGGUGGUGGCAACGAUGAAAAAGCUUUCGUUGGCUACAUUUAUUUCGUCCCCCCGACGUUGGAUCCGAUGCGUUUGGAUAUUGGAAACAUUUACGAUUGGUUCAAAAAUCCUAUACCAUACCAAGUGAUGCCAUUGGUGUGGUAUCCGAGGAAUUUCACUAAUCCGGACAUAACUUUUCAUAUGGAAUCGUUAAGACUUGGCGAUGAUAGCAUGUAUAGUGUGCAGCUUGGUCUUUAUGUUAUCGGAUAUCGAGAAUUCAAAGACGACGAGAUUAAAAAAUUCCGACCAGAACAUCGAAUAUUGUGCCGACUUGCCACUUAUUCCAACCGUAACACCUAUGAAUAUCGUUGGAAACCUCAGGAGGAAAGAAUCAACAUACACCAGGUUGAACAUUGGUACUUGAACGACUGGCAACGAAUGAACGAGCUGUACAACUACCGAUUUGGAUAUUUGAAACUCGCGCCGAUAAGACCGAAUCAGAAUGAGAAUCCACAAACUCUGCUUUCCGGUCUUGUUUCGGCACCGAUUUCCCUCCAUUGGCUGUGGACGACGAAUAACCCGGAAUUUUCAACCACCACCUAUUCACAAAGUGACGAAAAUGCCAGGGUGGAAUUCGUGAAGAAGAAGUCCCUAGAGAUGUGUCAUGAUUGGUACAACGAAGACGGUGCUCAGUGGAAUUUUAUCCGGGACACCGAGACGAACUCAUCGUGUCCGUGCAUCGAGAAGCAGGCGAUGGCCGACCUGGGACGAUUCAUGCCGCAUCCCAGAUGCUCACAGGCGUUUCGAGAUAUUACGUGCACGGUAGCGAUUGGAGCACGAAAUUGUUACAUGUCGGCACAGAAUAUUUACGGUUCAUAUGCAGGAUCGGGAAGAGGGUUCCAGAGUGAGAAUACAGCGCGUUUUCCUACCCAUUACGGUCAAGUUUGUUGUUAUGAUGACACCGGCCAUCUGAUGCAAACAAGUUACCAGCCAGUGAUUAAAGUCACCCCAGAAGUACCGUAUAACCCGGGAUUCCCUAUGAGAGCCUACGAAUUUGGAACGGCGCCUUAUAUGGGACAAUAUGAGGUUCCCGGUUUAUCAGCGUUUCACAACGACUACAUGCCAUACUUCCUAUGCUGUAAAUUCGCCGACUUUCGUUGUCAAAUGUUUUACUGGAGACGACCAUCAAGUGGUUGUCAAGAAUACCAACCACCUGCAUACGGUGAAGGAAUGGGAGCAGGAACAUUCAACACCAUCGACAACGACAAGUUUAUCUUCAAUGAGCCUGGCGUAUAUAAUGUGCUCUACAUUCCACCCACUGCUACCACACCUGAAAUAAAAAUACAACUACGACUAGAACGUUAUCCGGAUAGGCGUGUAGAUUUCAGUCUUCUUGGACGAGGAAUGGCUCAACAGGAUCUCGUACAACCGACCAACGUCACUGUCAUCACAGGUGUCGCUCUUGAAGCUUCCGGUACCGAUCGAGUUCAUGUCGUCGUCAGAAAGGAUACGCGACGUUUCCGUUACAGAACCAGUAUCAUUGUCGGAAAUAUUCUGCGAUACUUUGAUACGAUGAGACUUCAGCGAUUUAAAGGAGUGUUAAUAUAUGUGAACAAUGUCGAACGAGGACAACCCGAAAUAUAUGUGGUCCUAGAAGAAGCUCAGAUUGGCAUUAGAGUCCGAGAAUCCUAUGCUAUCGACGUCGAUCGAUAUUCAAACUACCAGGAAAGCAUGGGAAUGCUGAACAUUGCGCUAAGUGUCCCGCCACAAUACGGAGUGCGUCCAGACGGUGAUAAAACUCGUGAGGUCGAAUUACGACAACGAUAUAACCUUCCACGGGUGGCUGGCUUGAUGAGACCGUUUCCCGACCAGUCAUCAGCGAGUUUUAUGCACACUCUUACCAUAAACGAUGUGAACUCCGAGACCUACAGGCAACAGAUCAUCAACAACUAUCGAGUCCAGGGUUCUGGUGAGCCAGGAUCGGAGCAGGCUCUAGCAGUGCCUAUUCAAGGUGGUAUGCCUACUGAGAAUAUGUUCACCACUAGUAAGGACGAAGAUAAGAUGUUUGAAGUUUUUCCGGAAGCCUCAAUGAAAAGUGGUCCUAUCUACAAGACUUCGGCUAAAUAUGAAGCCGGACGAUACAGCUUUCGUGAUAUCACUGGUCAAGCACUCAUGCAACUUCUACAGACCUGCCGCGAUUUACAACAACAGAAUAUCAUAAAUCUUCAGCCACUACAAUCGCAAAUAACAGAGUCCUACGGACGAACUCAAUGCCCGGAUAAUCCAGCUGCUAUUAUCUCUGAAUGUGGUGACUCAAUUCCAUGUCUCUACGACUACACCACUUUAAAUUCUAAGGUAUUGGGUCAGAAGAUUAAAGAAGAAUGGAACGUUUUUAAUGCCGAAAGACAAGAUGCUUCAAGAUUUUAUAACAGUUGUGGUCCGAUCAAUAUCGAAUAUCCGGAAUACUUGACAAAGACGUCAGCGAUGUACUCAGCUUAUAUGCAGGGUGAUGUGGCUCGAUUUGAAUGCGUUCAAUCACAUUGGGUUAAAGGCGUCAACGAGUACAAAUGUGGUAUUGUUGUCGACUACAAUCGCCCGAAUGAGUAUCGUUUCGAAUGGAAUAAAGGAGAACAACCGUGGUGUCGAUCACGUGAGAAGGAAAAUUUUCUGAUUUGGCUCAGUGCAAUACUUGGAACCAUUGCUGCAAUAAUGGCCAUAAUUUUCAUUUUCCUCUGUUGUUGGUGCGUAAAACAACAGAAACGUGAGGAAAAACGAAGCUACGGCUCUGGCAAUAGUCGAUCGACGUCGUUUAGCCGUCAAAAGUACCCACGUUCGGUACGUCGAAAAAUGCUAUGA